AAACAACCAUCUCCAUUACCCUUUUUCUUUUUCUUCAAACUCUCUAUCUCUGCCCCUCACAACUCUCUCACUCUUUCUGAAAAAAAAACCUAUAGCUUUGUUUAUCUGAAAGGCUCUUCAAAUGGCUACGAAUCUCAUCCCCUUCCGAUCUACCGGGAUCCGUGCGUGUGCUAUUCCGGGUAACCGGAGACCAGACCCGAACAACCGCAAACCCGUUUCCUCCGCCAACUGGUGGACCCCGCUCUUCGGGUGGUCGUCGGAGCCCGACUACAUUGAUUCCGGAAGAAAAGAGAAGAUCCGAGACGGCUCCGAGGAGCCGGAGAACAAAUCGGGCCCGGAUCUCGACCGGAAGCCGGCGCGUUCCCGGUACGCCCCGGGUUGCUUCACGGAGGAAAAGGCGAGGCAGCUCCGGUUGAAGACCAUGGAAACGGAGUCGUUUCACGACGCCAUGUACCACUCCGCCAUCGCCUCCCGCCUCGCCUCCGAUUUCAACGGCCGCUCCGAUCUGUGAUCUCCGACGAAUUACGGCAAUAUUUGAAGCGCCGUAGGUCCAAAUUUGUAAUUUUUUCCCCCUUUUUUUUUUUUUUUUUGUUUUUUUUUUUUUGUAGUUUUGUUUCCAAGCAUAAAAGAGAAUGAGAACUUGGAAAAGUGUUAAAUGUUGAUGGUAUAGAUGUAAUUAUGUUUUCAAUGUGGAUUGUUAAUUACGUGGUAGAUACGUUGAUGUAGCAUGUAAUGUAAUUAUUGAUGUAUUUGAUAAUAUUUUUAGAUC